AUGCAUAGCGUCAAGACAUGUCCUUAUGUAUAUAAGGCUGUUUCUCCUUCAUAUGAGAUUGAGAAUUUCUCAUGCUAUCCUCUUUCUUUACACUUAUUCCUGCGGAUGAAUUCUUUUGAUGUUGUCACCAGUGAUUCCUGUAAAGUUUUUCAAUUUGAACACUCUAUCUAUCUAUCUAUCUAUCUAUCUAUCUAUCUAUCUAUCUAUCUAUCUACUCACAACUCUCUUUCUCUCUCGAUCUCUCUUUUUCUCUCUCAUAGCUUCUCUCUAUCUCAACCUACUCAUAUGAUCUAUCUAUCUAUCUAUCUAUCUAUCUAUCUAUCUAUCUAUCUAUCUAUCUAUUUCUCUUUCUCUCUCUGUCUCUCUCUAUCUGCUCAUAGCUCUCUCUUUAUCUAUCUAUCUAUCUAUCUAUCUAUCUAUCUAUCUAUCUAUGUCCUGAUGUCUUUUUUUCUCUCUAGGCUGCUCAUAUUAUCUAUCUCUCUAUCUAUCUAUUCUAUCUAUCUAUCUAUCUAUCUAUUCUCUCUCUGUCUCUCUCUUUUCUCUCUCAUAGCUUCUCUCUCUUUAUCUAUCUAUCUAUCUAUCUAUCUAUCUAUCUAUCUAUCUAUCUAUCUAUCUAUCUAUCUAUCUAUCUAUCUAUUCACAACUUUCUCUCUCGAUCUCUCUUUUUCUCUCUCAUAG